UGUCAAGUGCACGUAAACUAGCAAGUUUUUUACAAUUUACACGAUAUUUAAGUAAUAAUAUUCGAAACAAUAUAAACUAAAUGAAAUCUGACAACUAUUGCUGUGAGAAUAGGGAAGGAGUACUCAUAGAGAACACCAGUUGCCGGUUUACCUUCUAGCAAAACUGUUCGAUAUUUUUGUGUUAAGAAAUUAUUUUGAUAUAUCUUCUGAAACGUAUAUAAAAAUUAUGGACAACCAGGAUUGCUAUUUAGUUUUGGAGAAUGGUAAAUUUUUUCCUGGAAAAAGUUUUGGAGCAAAAGAAUGUGUCGACGGAGAAAUUGUUUUUCAAACUGGAAUGGUGGGUUAUCCUGAGUCGUUAACAGAUCCAUCGUAUCAUGCUCAAAUUUUAGUAUUAACAUAUCCAUUAAUUGGAAAUUAUGGAAUACCAGGAGACGAGAAAGAUGAACACAAUUUACCACUAUGGUUUGAGUCAAACCGAAUUUGGGCAGCUGGUCUCGUAGUUGACGAAAUUUGCGAAACACCAAGUCAUUGGAGACAAAUACAAACCUUAUCCAAAUGGAUGGAGAAGGAAAAAAUUCCAGGAAUUUCUGGAAUUGAUACUCGAGCUCUGACAAAAAUUAUCCGAGAAAAUGGAACAAUUCUAGGAAGAAUUGUUCGUCAUAAACAAGAUGAAACUUCUCUGUGUCCUCCUAUUGUUGAUCCCAAUACCAGAAAUUUGGUCGCUGAAGUUUCAUGUAAAGAUCCAAAAACGUACAAUCCUAAAGGAUUUCCACGCGUUUGCGUCAUUGACUGUGGAUUAAAAUACAAUCAAUUGCGUUGCUUUCUGAAAAGAAAUGUGCGAUUGGAUGUUGUACCAUGGGACUACGAUUUUACAAAAACAGAAUUUGACGGUCUUUUUAUAAGCAAUGGACCAGGUAAUCCCGCAAUGUGCGAAAUAACUGUGAAAAAUAUAAAAAAAUAUUUAUCAUCAUCAAAACCAAAACCAAUAUUUGGAAUUUGUUUGGGACAUCAGCUUCUUUCGUUAGCUGCCGGUGCUACCUCCUACAAAAUGGAUUACGGCAAUCGUGGUCACAAUCAACCGGUCACACAUCAUGGAACCAAUCGAUGUUUCAUGACAUCGCAAAAUCAUGGAUUUGCAAUAGAUGCGGAUAAAUUGCCAAAAGAUUGGGAGGCAUUAUUUACAAAUACAAAUGAUAAAAGUAACGAAGGUAUUGUUCAUUCUAAAUUACCUUAUUUUUCCGUACAAUUUCAUCCGGAGCACACUGCCGGCCCACGUGAUCUUGAAUGUCUCUUCGAUGUAUUUCUCGAGACAAUUAACAAUCGUGAAGGAAGCACAAUCAAGGAAUUAUUGAAGGAGAAAUUAAUUUAUGUUGCCGAAAUUCCUUAUGGUCGUUUUCAACCAAAGAAGGUCUUGAUUCUUGGAAGUGGUGGUCUCAGUAUUGGCCAAGCUGGUGAAUUCGAUUAUUCUGGUUCGCAAGCAAUCAAAGCACUUCGCGAAGAGAAAAUUCAAACACUUCUCAUCAAUCCCAAUAUUGCCACUGUUCAAACAUCGAAAGGAAUGGCUGAUAAAGUCUAUUUUCUUCCCAUCACUCCGGAAUAUGUCGAACAGGUCAUAAAAUCGGAGCGUCCAGACGGAGUUCUCCUGACAUUCGGCGGACAGACGGCACUAAAUUGCGGCGUUGAACUCGAAAAGAACGGUGUGUUCAAGAAAUACAAUGUGAAAAUUCUUGGAACUCCAAUUGAAUCGAUUAUCGAGACAGAAGACAGAAAAAUGUUUGCUGAUCGUAUUUGUGAAAUUAAUGAAAAAGUUGCGCCCAGUGCGGCUGUUUAUACAAUCAAUGAGGCACUGGAGGCAGCGGAAAAAUUGGGCUAUCCAGUAAUGGCGAGAGCGGCCUUUUCUCUUGGUGGUUUGGGAUCUGGUUUCGCGAAUAAUGUGGAAGAAUUGAAAACACUCGCUCAACAGGCUCUUGCUCAUUCGAAUCAAUUAAUCAUUGAUAAAUCGCUGAAAGGAUGGAAGGAAGUUGAAUAUGAAGUUGUUCGCGAUGCCUACGAUAAUUGCAUAACAGUUUGCAAUAUGGAGAAUGUCGAUCCUUUGGGUAUUCAUACUGGCGAAUCAAUUGUCGUCGCUCCAAGUCAAACUCUCUCUAAUCGCGAGUACAAUAUGCUGAGAACAACUGCUCUUAAUGUCAUUAGACAUUUUGGUAUUGUCGGCGAAUGUAAUAUUCAAUAUGCGUUGAAUCCACUUUCCGAAGAGUACUAUAUUAUUGAAGUGAACGCGCGACUUUCGAGAAGUUCAGCUUUAGCUAGUAAAGCCACUGGUUAUCCGUUGGCUUACGUUGCUGCUAAAUUGGCUCUUGGAAUUUCCCUCCCGGAUAUUCAGAAUUCAGUAACAGGAAAAACUACCGCUUGCUUUGAACCUAGUUUAGAUUAUUGUGUCGUCAAAAUUCCACGAUGGGAUUUCAGCAAGUUUCAACGUGUCAGCACCAAGAUUGGAAGCAGUAUGAAGAGUGUGGGUGAAGUGAUGGCAAUUGGAAGAAAAUUUGAGGAGGCAUUUCAGAAAGCACUGCGAAUGGUCGACGAGAAUGUGACGGGUUUCGAUCCCUAUGUGAGAACAGUGAACGAUGAUGACUUGGAGAAGCCAACGGAUAAGAGAAUGUUUGUUGUGGCCGCUGCAUUAAAAGCCGGCUAUUCAGUUGAUCGUUUAUAUGAAUUAACGAAAAUUGAUCGUUGGUUCCUUUCAAAAUUGAAAAACAUCAUAUCGUAUUAUGAUCUUUUGGAAAAUUUAGGUCAAAGAAAAUUGUCACGUAAUUUAUUACUUGAGGCGAAGAAAAUUGGAUUUUCCGAUCGACAAAUUGCUGAGGCUGCAAAAAUUUCCGAUCGUUUGGUGCGAAUGCAACGAAAUGAAUUUGGCAUCACGCCAUUUGUUAAGCAAAUUGAUACUGUUGCCGCCGAAUGGCCAGCGAGUACAAAUUAUCUUUAUCUUACGUAUAAUGGCGAAGAUCACGAUAUCGAAUUCCCGGGAAAUUACACAAUGGUCAUUGGAUCGGGUGUUUAUCGAAUUGGAAGUUCCGUUGAAUUCGAUUGGUGUGCAGUGAGUUGUCUUCGUGAAUUGAAAAAUCUUGGACGGAAAACAAUAAUGGUGAACUAUAAUCCAGAAACAGUGAGUACCGAUUUCGACAUGAGCGAUCGACUCUACUUUGAGGAAAUUUCUUUCGAAACUGUUAUGGAUAUUUAUGAGCACGAAAAUCCAGAAGGUAUUAUUUUAUCAAUGGGUGGACAACUUCCAAACAACAUUGCCAUGGAUCUGCACAGACAACAGGCCCGAAUUCUCGGAACCGCUCCCGAAUCCAUUGAUGAUGCUGAAAAUAGAUUUAAAUUCUCUCGAAAACUCGACUCAAUUGGAAUUUCUCAACCUAGAUGGAAAGAACUGACGAAUCUUGAAUCGGCCGUUGAAUUUUGUGAAGAAGUCGGUUAUCCAUGUUUGGUGCGGCCUUCCUAUGUUUUAAGUGGCGCUGCAAUGAAUGUUGUACAUUCAAAUCACGAUUUAGAGUCUUAUUUAAAAAUUGCCAGCAAUGUCAGUAAGGAGCAUCCUGUCGUCAUAUCGAAAUUUAUUCUCGAAGCGAAGGAAAUUGACGUCGAUGCUGUUGCCUAUGAUGGGACAAUUUUCUGUAUGGCUGUUUCUGAGCACGUGGAAAAUGCCGGCGUUCAUUCUGGAGAUGCAACUUUGGUGACACCGCCGCAGGAUAUUAAUCAGGAAACUCUCGCAAAAAUUUGCACAAUUGCAAAAGACGUUGCUGCAUCAUUGUCUGUCACUGGACCAUUCAAUAUGCAAUUGAUCGCCAAGGAUAACGAACUCAAAGUUAUCGAGUGUAACGUUCGUGUCUCGAGAUCAUUUCCAUUUGUCUCGAAAACUUUGGAUCACGAUUUUGUUGCUACAGCAACUCGUUUAAUUGUUGGAGAAACUGUCAAACCCGUUGGUCUUUUAACUGGUUCUGGAAAAGUUGGAGUAAAAGUCCCUCAAUUCUCAUUUUCUCGCUUGACUGGUGCCGACGUUAUGUUGGGUGUCGAAAUGGCAUCAACCGGAGAAGUAGCAUGUUUUGGUGACAAUCGAUAUGAAGCUUAUCUGAAAGGAAUGCUUAGCACUGGCUUUCAUAUUCCGCAAAGAGGCAUUUUACUAUCAAUUGGAGCAUUCAAACACAAAAUGGAAUUAUUGCCCUACAUCAGAAGUCUCGAUAAAAUGGGAUACAAAUUAUAUGCCAGCAUGGGGACUGCAGAUUUUUACUCAGAACAUGGUGUUACUGUGGAACCUGUUCAAUGGACGUUUGAGAACAUCACCGUGAGCGAGGAUUCAAGUCCAUCGGAACUUCGUCAUUUAGCUGAUUUCCUAGCUAAGGAAUUAUUCGAUCUGGUGAUUAAUCUUCCGAUGCGAAAUGGAGACACAAGAAGAGUGUCAAAUUUCUUGACUCAUGGCUAUCGAACGAGAAGAUUUGCUGUUGAUUAUGCUGUACCAUUGGUGACGGAUGUGAAAUGUGCCAAACUUCUUGUGGAGGCAUUGAGAAUGCUGCAUGGCAAGGCACCGAAAAUGAAAACACACACAGAUUGCAUGACAUCGAGAGCAAUGAUGAAACUUCCUGGAUUUAUUGACGUUCAUGUUCAUGCGCGAGAUCCUGGUGCAACUUACAAGGAAGAUUUUGCCUCCUGUACAGCGGCUGCUCUCGCCGGAGGAAUUACUGUGAUAUUGGCAAUGCCCAAUACAAAUCCUGCAAUCGUUGAUCGACAAAGUUUCAGUUUAGCUAAAGAAAAAGCAGCAACAGGUGCGAGAUGUGAUUAUGGAAUUUUCUUGGGAGCAUCGUCUGAAAAUUACAAUAUAACUGCGGAAAUUGCUCCAAUGACAGCAGCAUUGAAAAUGUAUUUAAAUGAGACAUUCACAACAUUGAAAUUGUCUGACCUCAGCGUAUGGAUUAAGCAUUUUGAAAAUUGGCCAAAAAAAUAUCCUCUCUGCGUUCAUGCUGAAAAACAAAUUGUUGCCACUGUUGUUUUACUGUGCAGUCUCAAUGGAAGGCCCGUUCAUAUUUGUCAUGUUGCACGAAAAGAGGAGAUUCAAAUUAUUCGAGCUGCUAAGGAAAAGGGACUUCCGGUAACGUGCGAGGUGUGUCCUCAACAUUUAUUCCUCUGUCAAGAUGAUUUGGAGAGAAUCGGUCAAUCUAGAGGACGAGUCUGUCCAAUGUUGGGAACGAAAGAAGAUGUUCAAGCUCUUUGGGAUAAUAUGAACUUUAUCGACUGCUUUGCAACCGAUCAUGCGCCUCAUACCGUUGAAGAAAAGGGGAGUGAGAAUGCACCACCAGGAUAUCCAGGACUAGAAACUAUUCUUCCCUUAUUGUUGACGGCAGUGUAUAAUGGGAAAUUGAAAAUGGAGGAUCUCAUCGAAAAGUUUUAUUUAAAUCCAAAAAAAAUAUUCAACUUGCCGGAUCAACCGAACACGUACAUUGAAGUGGAUCUAGAUGAGGAAUGGAUUAUUCCCGAAGCGAUGCCAUUUACCAAAUCAAAAUGGACACCUUUUGCUGGAAUGAAAGUGCGAGGAAUGGUUCACAGGGUGGUGAUUCGAGGCGAAGUGGCGUUUGUAGAAGGACAGGUACUCGCGAAUCCUGGCUUUGGACAAGAUGUCCGUGAAAUUCAAUUGAAACAAAAACACCAGUUAAUUAAUUCUCAAACAAUUGUUGACGUUAAUGUCAGUCGUCCAAAUUCUGCUCUCGAUAUAAUUAUUUCGCCUAAUGUCGAUAAACUUGGCAAGUAUGUCGAAUUUUCCGAAGAUGAACAGACAGAGUCACCGAUAAAUCUUCUAAAACCAAUUUCCCAGAAGUCGAACGUUCACUUUAUGCAAGGAGAUUUUCGUGAUCAGUCGAAGAACGCGGGACAACGAAUUAUUUCUCCAGUGCCUUUCAAUACUGGUAUGAGAUUCAGGACAAAUAGUGGAUCGAAUUUUGUGCAUCCAGUUGGAUCACAUUCAACCGGAAGUCAUGGACUUUUGAAUCAUCAUAUUCUCUCCGUGGAUAUGUUCAAUAAACAACAACUAAGAGAAAUUUUCAGUCUCGCUGAUACUUUUAAACAAUACGUAAGGAAGGAACGACCAUUGGAUCACGUUAUGAAGGGAAAAGUAAUGGCUUCCAUUUUUUAUGAAGUGAGUACAAGAACUUCUUGUAGUUUCGCUGCGGCGAUGCUUCGACUUGGAGGAACAGUCGUUCAUAUGGACGGUUCAACAUCAUCAGUUAAAAAAGGAGAAAGCUUAGAGGAUUCUGUGGCAGUAAUGGCAGGAUACGCAGACAUUGUUGUUCUCCGACAUCCAGAACCUGGAGCAGUUUCUCGAGCAACUCACGCGUGCAGAAAACCUUUAAUUAAUGCUGGUGACGGAGUUGGAGAGCAUCCAACACAGGCGCUCCUUGACAUCUACACAAUUCGAGAGGAAAUCGGUACCGUCAAUGGAUUAACUAUCACAAUGGUUGGAGAUCUUAAACACGGCAGGACUGUCCAUUCUCUAGCUCGACUCUUGACGUUAUACAAUGUGCAACUGAGAUACGUUAGUCCGGAAAAUUUGUGCAUGCCGGAACACGUAAUGUCUUACGUGGCCGAACGUGGUAUUCAUCAGAAGAAAAUAGACAAACUGGAAGACGCCAUUGUCGACACGGACAUCCUCUACAUGACGCGAAUACAAAAAGAGCGUUUCACCAGCGAAGAAGAGUACAACAAGUCGUGUGGUAAAUUUGUCGUGACGCCAGAGCUGAUGACGCGAGCAAAGAGGAAAAUGGUCGUGAUGCAUCCUCUUCCUCGUGUUUUCGAAAUAAGUCCCGACUUCGAUACGGAUCCAAGAGCCGCUUAUUUCCGGCAAGCCGAGUUUGGUGUCUACGUUCGCAUGGCUCUCAUUGUAAUGGUUCUAGGUCGGUGCUACAAUAUCUAACAUUUAAAUAAGAUUAUGAUAACAAAAAAGAAGCGGAAAUUCAAGCAACUCUAAUUUUUCGGCCAAGGCUCUAUGUUGACUGAUUUUAAAACCUUCGUCGAACACCGGUCGAAUUUUAAUUUUUUCACGAAUAUUUUACUCUUUUUACAAAGUAUUUUUUAUUUUACAAGUUUUACAACUUAAUCAAAUAUUGUUGAAAUUACAACAAUCAGGCUAAUAGAUUAAAAAUACACAGGUUAACAAAUAAAACAAAUUAAAAACAAAAGAGUACAACAAAGAGAGAAAUGAAACAAAAGAAAAGAGAAUUGAAAAAAAAUAGUAUCUAUAUGAAUUUAGAAAACACUUUUAGUGCAUAAUAAUUAUACAAUUUUAUACAUAGUUUUUGAAAAGAGAGAUAUAUACAAGUACAGAAAUGCUAUAGUUGAUAAAGCAUAAUUGAUACAUUUCGAUUGACUACCUCAUUAUUGCACAUUCUGCAAGAUUUUUAUAGUAUUUUAAAUAUUUUGAAAGUACACUACACAGUAUUUUAAAAC